GCUUAAUCCUGACAUAUGUCUGAUUACUCAUCCACAGACUAUAUAAACUGUCCUGCAAUCUUCCUAAAACACAACCAGAGCUCAAGUUCUUGGUUCUGCUCACAUCUCUGCACUUCAAGUAUAAAUCGGAUCAGAAUGAGAAUCAUCAUCCUUUUUGGACUUCUGGCUACUGCACAUAGUGAAGUUGUGUUUCACACGGGCUUUACCAACGAGGUAGAUGUCGAGAAUUUCAAAGCGUUCGACCUUAAUGGCGAUGGAAUCCUCCAUUUCAGUGAAACUUUCACAACUUUCAGGGACGUUGAUACGAAUGAUGAUGGAGUCUGGAGCUUUGAAGAGUUCGCUGAUAAGUGUUCUCCAGAUAUUCCUCCUCUUCAAGCUCAAAUCGCAUUUGACUUUGCGGACACCCUGGACUCUGCAGUCGACGGUGUCAUCGAUUCAUCGGUGACAUGCGCAUUUUUCAGCAUCAUGGAUGUGGACAACAACAGGAAAGCAAUUUUAGGAGAAUAUAAAAACGCAUCCCAUCAGGCGAAAAGCUACUUCAAAACAGAGCUGAAUAACAUCGCGGGAUGUUGACAAUCUGUUGCAAUCAUAUGCAAAAGAAACUCCAAAUAAAUUCAAAUUUGUCGAAACAAAUUUAUGUUUGUUUAUUUAUUGUCUUUUAGUGGCGUGAUGUUUCACUGCACAUCAUCUGCUUUUUCAUCUCUGAUGCUAGUGACUUUAGUUCUUGUUUUCUUUUCUGUCGUGGCUUUGA